AAUGAGAGAGUGGUGCGAUCGGAGCGCAGGGGCUGCGUUAGCCUGAGUGGUGUCCAGGGGUCUUCCUUGGGUAGCCGGGGAGGAUGGGAACGAGGCAGGGAAGCCCCGGUGGGAAAGUCUGCACAGGGAAAGUGCUGGAAAGGGGGCUGGGUUUUCUUCUGAGUGGGUCAGGAAGCCAGCUGCACGGUUUCGAGCAGGCUACUGAGGUUGGGGUCUGUGGGCUUUCAAGGCUGCUGCCUGGGAAAUGGAGUUGCAGGGUGCGGCAGGGAGGAGGCUGGUGAGACCGCCCAUCGGGGAGGAUGGUGCAUGGACCAGAGUGGGUGUGGCUGGUAAAGGGGGAUGGGGUCGUUAAUCCGGGGUCCCCACAUGUCAUGGCACUGUUUUGUUAGUGAGCAGAACUGUGGCUUAGGGAGGGAAACGGGCUGCCAGCUGGGAGCCCUGCUAACCUUUCGCCUUACCCCCAGCACCCCCUGGACACAUUCUGGGGACUGAUAAUGCUGUUUCCCACCCCUCUCCUGGCCUGGGCUGUUCCCCAGGUGGCUCCCACAUGACCAUCCCCAGGUACCCUCUUUCUCACAUGUUCCAGAUCUGUACUUUCCUCCUCCCACCCAGCCCUGUGCCCAACAUAGGAGGAUUCUAUUCGGGGGUGAUCACAGAGCCAGACCACCCCAACUCGCUCAGGUGUGUCUGUCGGCCGCACAUCAGGUGACGAUGGCCUCCAGGUGUAUCACCCAGGAGACCUUCGAUGCAGCUGUGCUCGAGAACAUCGAGGAGUUCGCCAUGGGGCCGGAAGAGGCAGUGAAGGAAGCCGUGGAGCAGUUUGAAUCGCAAGGGGUCGAUCUGAGGAACAUCGUGAAGAUGGCACCUAAAGUCUCCGCAGAUGGACUCCAGGAGCCCGCGCACGGCAUCCUGCAGGCCCUGGACGACCUCCAAGAGUCCGUGGCCUGCUCUCGCCCCCAGGAGGCGCUGGCCCACCUCACCCGCUUCUGCGACCAGUGCAAGCAGGACAAGGCCUGCCGCUUCCUGGCGGCCCAGAAGGGCGCCUACCCCAUCAUCCUCUCCGCCUGGAAGCUCGCUGCAGCGGGUGACCAGGCCCUCCUGCUCCAGGCCCUCAACGCCCUGUCCGCACUCACCGACGGCCAGCCAGACCUCCUGGACGCCCAGGGCCUGCAGAUGCUGGUGGCCACCCUGGCCCAGCACGCCGGCGCGGCCGACCUGACCUGCUCCGGCAUCCGCUGCGUGCGCCACGCCUGCCUGAGGCACGAACAGAACCGGCAGGGCCUGGUGGAGGCCGGCGUGCUGCCCCUGCUGACCGGCGCCAUCGCCCGGCACGGCCGCCACGCCGACGUGGUCCGGGAGGCCUGCUGGGCCCUGCGCAUCAUGACCUUCGACGAUGACAUCCGUGUGCCCUUCGGCCACGCCCACGACCAUGCCAAGAUGAUUGUGCAGGAGAACAGAGGUCUGAAGGUGCUCAUCGAGGCCGCCAGAGCCUUCCCCGACAACCCCGGCGUCCUCAGCGAGCUCUGCAGCACCCUGUCCCGCCUGGCUGUCCGCAACGAGUUCUGCCAGGAGAUCGUCGACCUCGGGGGCCUGGGCGUCCUGGUGGCCCUGCUGGCCAACUGCAAUGACCACCAGGACCUCGUGAAGCAAGUGCUGAGCGCCCUGCGCGCCAUCGCGGGCAACGACGACGUGAAGGACGCCAUCGUCCGUGCUGGCGGGACGGAGUCCAUCGUGGCCACCAUGACCCAGCACCUGGCCAGCCCGCAGGUGUGCGAGCAGAGCUGCGCGGCCCUGUGCGUCCUGGCCCUGCGCAAGCCGGAGAACAGCCGGGUGAUCAUGGAGGGCGGCGGGGCGCUGGCAGCCCUGCAGGCCAUGAGGGCGCACCCACAGGAGGCCGGCGUGCAGAAACAGGCCUGCAUGCUGAUCCGCAACCUGGUAGCUCGCAGCCAGGCCUUCUCGAAGCCCAUCCUGGAGCUGGGGGCCGAGGCGCUCAUCACACAGGCCCGAGCAGCCCACCGCGACUGCGAGGACGUGGCCAAGGCCGCCCUGCGGGACCUGGGCUGCCGUGUCGAGCUCCAAGAGCUGUGGACAGGCCAGAAGGGUGACCUGGCACCGUGACCCCAGGCCCAGUCUGGGCCGAGACUCUGGGUGAGUCGUGUGACUCAGGAACUGGGUGGAGAUCCACAUUCUGCUACUCUCCCCUGCCAGGUCUACCCCGCCACAGCCAGAGGUGUUUUCUGACAGGCCCUGGGUAGACCCUGGGGGGAGGGGAGGUGGGGGAGGGGGCACCUGUAAGGCAGGAAGCAACCCUGGGUCCAGGCCUCCCCUUGCCAGCCGGCAGCAUUGGCGUGAUCGUCCUGCCCUUCCUCCCUGACCUGAGUCCCUUUCCUGCCACAAGGGGCGAAGGGCACGCCCCACUGCCCACCGUCCUGUCUGAAAUGUGGGAGCCAGUGUGGGCCAGUCUUGGAGCAGGGCAGGACAUCUUGGCAGAGGUGGGAUCCCUGGUGCCUGCUCCUACGAGCUCAGGCCUCUGCUCCUCAUUUUUCCCUCCUGUAAAAUGGGUCUCAGAUGCCUUGCUUAGCCGGCCAAGGGCCAGGGACCCCGGCUCGUCCGUCUCCAGGUCACAGGCCAGCCGCGGUGCCUGAUAAUAAAAGAUCACUGGAUGGACGUUG